AUGGCGGAGAUUGGGCUAGCCGCAAGCAUCGCCGGAUUGAUCUCGCUUGGGAUCCAGGUUACCCAAGAUUUUGUCCAUUACUAUUCGGCAUGGAAGGACCAAGACGCCGACAUCUCAGCAUUCAUCUGUGCAAUCACUUGUCUAACAGACACGCUGAGUUAUCUAGAACGCCAGUUCAACAACACCACCAUCCAAGCGCAUGCUAUCGAAAGAGUCAAAUUUUGUCUACACUCUUGUCAAGUGGCGCUUCAAGGGCUUGAGAAGAAGCUUCAAAAGGUCAAAACCAGCGCACCUGCAGGCAACCUUGGGAAACUCGAAAGAACCGUUCGAAAAGCUCUUUAUCCUUUUCGAGUCAGCACUCUGAAAAAGCUUCAGGAAAUUGUGCAUGACGCGCGACAAAACCUGCAUCUAGCGCUGAGUGCAAUGAACUUUCAGUCCACCGUUGAUAUAACAACCAAGAUCGACGGCAUUACAACAGAUUUGGUGGCUCUUCAGGUGUCUGUAGCGAAGGAGAGUCUUAGUCGUGAUCUUCAAGACUGGCUCAAUGCCUCGGAUCCCUAUCCGAGUUACCAUGCGGCAGCUCGAAAACGUGCACCAGGCACCGGGAGGUGGUUCACCGAGAAUUUUUUCAGAAACUGGUAUUCAGCCGCAGGGCCCAUUUAUUGGCUCGCCGGAUUACCUGGCUGCGGUAAAACUGUGUUGUCAUCUACCAUCACAACGGCCACAUAUGCCAAGGAGUGCUCUGCCGAGGCAAUGGUGAGGUCUUUGAUAUCUCAACUCUGUGCACAAAACGAACAAGUAAGAACUGAGUUGGAAAGUUUGUUCUAUGCAUGUCUGAAUGGCAAAAGGGCUGCCUCAGUCGAGGAGUUGCUGGAAUGCCUUAGACAAAUGAUUACGAAUACAUGCCUCCAGCAUGUCUACAUAAUACUUGAUGCGUUGGAUGAGUGUCCAGAUAUACCACUUCUUCUUCAGACUCUAAAGAAGUUCCAGGAUUGGGGUAUCGACAAGCUCCACACAAUUGCAACUAGCAGACCUGAAAAGGUUCUGAAGGAUGGCUUGACGCAGCUAUCCCCCACGGUAGUGCAGAUUCAAACCGGUGCAGUAGACAGUGAUAUUGAGAUUCAUGUUAAACGGGAGCUGAGUGUCGAUUCGUGGUGGCAACAGUGGAGCCCAGAUAUACAGCAAGCUGUAGCCAUUUACCUUUCCCGGAAAGCAAGUGGGAUGUUUUGCUGGGUUGACUGCCAACUCAACGAACUUCGAAGAUGCCUCAGUGCUCAAAUGAUUGUGCAGUGUCUAAGAUCACUGCCGGUGGACCUCGACGCUACAUAUGUUCGAAUGCUCGAGAACAUCCACCACGCAUAUCGCGGAUAUGCAGAAAAGGCACUCCGCUGGAUCUCGUUCACUCAGCAUCCGGUCUCCCUUGCAGAGCUUAAUGAUGUCUUUGCAACUAAUACAGAAGGUUCUCCGCGAUUUCACGUUGACUUUCGGUUUCCUAACACAGCAGACCUCGAAGUUCUCUGUCCUGGUUUAUUGACUAAACCAACCUCCUCGGUUCCGGAUUGGCAGUGGGAAGAAGAGGUUUGGCAGUGGGAAGAAGAGCCCCUGGAGCGAGGGCCUCGUGAUAGUUUUCUCCGUCCAGCUAUUCACUACCGUUUCAAGCCCAGUCAAGUCCAAGAUAAGGACUACUACUGCAUGCCACCUCCUCCUCCACCGCCAGCUCCAAAACGUAAGGCGGCCCCGCAGAUUUAG